AUACAUACAGUAUUUUUAUUUUAGCUUAUGUCAAAGUACUUAGAUUUCAUAAAAAAGAUAGAUCGAUUAAUAAUUUACAUUCAUAUAGUAGUAUUAUAUUCAUAUAGUAUAUUACAAACUAUUGUAUGAUUUAAUUGUAAAUAUAAAUUUACAAAGGCUCUUUAUUUUUAUUUUUAGCAGGGAUUAUAUUGCAAGAUAUAUUUGAGAUAUAAAGAUGUGCUUAUAUAUGAUAAAAGAAUAUAAGGGGGAAAAAAGGAUAUAAAGCUUUCCAAGAAGUUGUGUCCAAGCAAAUUCAUCGCAUUAAUUAAAAAUUUUGAAUCAUUAAGAUGGAAGAACAGGAAUAUAUAACAUGGAUUGAAUGGUUGUGCUAUCAGUUUUAUUAUAAUGGAAUGCUUAAUCAUGUGAAACAAGCAUGUGAUGCUUAUCCAACAAGUGAUCAUCUGAAAUUGUUGCUUAGCCUUGCCUAUUUACUAAAUGGAAGGAUACACGAUGCCAUUAAAGAAAGUAGCAGUUUAAUGAAUAACACAGAAGUUUCAUUACCAGGAUUGCUUAUACAGAGUUUUGCAUAUAAAGUAAGCACAAAUGUAGACAAAUCGACGAUAAUGCAAAUCGAUAUAAAAAUCAGAGAUGAACGAAGAAAAGCAUCUGCCACUGCACUAUCAUUAUCUGCUUUGAUACUACUUUUGUACAAAAAGAUUGAUAAAGCUAAAGACUAUGCUGAUAGAGCAUAUAAUGUUGAUCCUGUUGAUACAAAUGUCCUAUUGGCUAAAGGUUGGGUAGAAUUGUACAUACAAGAAGAAGAUAAUUAUACAAAGAUAGACUAUUUUAACGCAGUUUUAAAAACACAUAGUAAGCAUUUUAAUGCUCUCAUGGGUACCGCAAGAUAUAAACAACAUUGUGGAGACUAUACAGGAGCAAUAUUGAUAUUAAAUUCAUUAAUAGUGCAUUAUCCCAAAUUAAGCUUUCCACUGGUAGAAAAAUUAUCUAAUCAAUUAGCUAUGAAAGAUUGGGAACAAGUACUUGAAACAGCUAAUAGAAUAUUAACAAUAGAUCCUAAUAAUUUAGAUGCAAUAAAAGCUCAUUGUGUUGUUGCUCUUUGCAAAGAUGGAGAAUACAAUGAAAGUUUAAAGCAUCUACAAUUAUUUUUAAGGAAUUUAAUUCUUGUAGAAGCAAAAAAUGUUGAUCUUUUGAUCAAAAACAUACAGUUAUUUUCAUGCAUAGCAUGUGGAAAUGAAAAUAUAUUAAUGGAAUUAUGUAAAAUAACUGAAAAAAUGUUACAACAAAAUUCUAAUUGCGGAGAAUUAAUGGUUGAACUUGGUAAUCUAUAUGUUUUAUUGGGAAAAACAAAAGAAGCUGAAUAUUGGUAUAGGAAUAAUAUACGCAUAGAGGAGUCAUCAUUUCCAGCUUUGAUAGGUUUGGCACAUUGUCAGUUAUUAGAUAAUUCUGCAAAUGCUCGAGUUUUAGCUAAACAACAAAUUGAUUUUUUAAUGGAAAUUCAAUCGACUUCGGCGAAUCCUAAAUUAUUGUUUAUGUCAUCAAUACUUUGUGAAGAUGAUCAAAAAAAAGGACUUCAGUAUUUAAACAUGGCAGCUAAAGUUUUAUUAAAGGAUUGCGAAUCCAUCCUUUAUGGAUAUAAAUAUUUGACAAAUUUAAAUCCUGAUUUAUGUAUAGAAAUUGGAAAACAACGUUUAACUUACUCUGUUCAUGAUACAUCGUCCAUGGAUAAAGGAAGUUAUGAGAUUGAAAAAGAACCUCUUUUAGAUUUAUUAGAAAAACUUGCAGAAGCAUGUCCUGGUUUAAGCAAUGUAUUAUUAAUAUUAAGUAAAAUCAAAAUGCAAAGUGGAAAGCUAGAGGAAGCUCUAACAAUUUUAAAAAAUCUUUUGGACUCCAUCGAUUCUACCAAUGCGCAGGGACAUUUAUUAAUGGCACAGACUUUGGCAUAUCAAGGUCAUUAUCAAUUAGCUUUACAAAGUUUGGAAAUGGGUUUGAGUUACAAUUUUAAAGUUAGAGAUGAUCCAAUUUAUCACAUGGUCAAUGGUAUUAUACAAAAAGAGAAUGGAGAUCUCGAAAAUUGUAUAAAAAGCUUUGAAUUAGCUAUGUUGUAUGCAGGUUUGAAGCGAAAUAAAAAUAUUGCAGAAGUUAAGCAAAUUUCUAUGCAAGAUAAAGCAGUGUUGUAUCUUGAAUUAAUCUCUGGAUACAGUAAAAUGAAACAAUUUAGUGAAGCAUUAGCAUUGAUGGAAGACGCAAUAAUAGAACUUCAAGGUACUGCAGAAGAAAGCAAAGCCACAAUAGGAUAUGCAGAUCUGUACUUGGAAAUGGGAGAAUUGGAAAAAGCAACAGAGCAUUUAGCAAAAGUAAAGCCAGAUGAGCCUUAUUAUGUACAAGCUCAUACGAAAUUGGCUCAAAUACAUUUAAAGUACAAAAGAGACAGGCAAGCCUUUGCAAAAUGUUUCAGAGAAUUAGUAGAACACUGUCCUGGUCCUAAGACAUACGGUAUGCUUGGCGAUGCAUAUAUUUCUAUACAAGAACCAGAAAGAGCUAUCGAAGCCUAUGAACAAGCUUUAAAUCAAAAUCCAAAAGACAAGGCGAUAAUAGCAAAUAAAAUGGGAAAGGCAUUGAUAAAAACUCAUCAAUAUAUUAAGGCUAUUAGUUAUUAUAAGGAUAUGAUAAAACAAGCAGAAUGUAAAGAUUUGAAAUUGGAUCUUGCAAGAUUGUUUAUUAAAAUGAAACAAUACGAUAAGGCUGAAGCUACUUUGGUAGAGGAAUUGAGAAAUGCUCGAUUUGAAUCCGAUUUGGACAGUUUAGAAAGUCGAGGACAACAAUUACUCUUACUUGCAAAAGUCCGUGAGAAAGCUGGUAAUAUACAAGCAGCACUUUCUGUACUAAAAGAAGCUAAAGAAAGUCAAAUGAGGUAUAUACAACGUCUUACCAUGGCUUCGAGUGCAAUGGAACAAAAACAUGUAGUAGCAGACAUAUGUGUGGCUAUGGCAGAUCAUGCAUCUUCUAUAAGAGAUUACGAUCAAGCGGUAUUACACUAUAAAGAAGCUUUGAGUUAUAAAGCAGCUGAUAUUAAAGCAUUGCUAUCAUUAGCAAAGUUAUACAUGCAGAUAAAUAACUUGGACAGGUGUGCUCAAACAUGUACUACUCUUUUAAAGGCUGAUCCGAAUAACGAGGCUGCAUCUGUUAUGAUGGCUGAUCUCGCAUUUAGAAAAGUUGAUUUUGAAACUGCAGCAUUUCAUUUUCGCCAGUUAUUAUUACAAAAACCGACGUAUUGGACGGCAUUAGCUAGAUUGAUAGAAGUUUCCCGCAGGACAGGAAAUAUGGAUAAUUUAGAUGAAUGGCUCAGUCAAGCGCAAACGGCAAUGGGAUCUGGCAAUAUGGAGGCUGGUUUAUACUAUUGCACUGGUUUAUUAGACUGGCGAAUGGGAAGAUUAAAUUCGGCUCUUAGAAAUUUCAAUUAUGCAAGACGCGAUCCUGAAUGGGGUCAACAAGCUAUUUAUAAUAUGAUUGAAAUUUGUUUGGAUCCUGAUGACGAUUCUUCAUUGUCCAAUGAAGCUUUCAAUGACGAAGAUAUGGAAUACCAAGAUUCAAGGACAAUGGCCCUGAAAACUGCUUAUCGUUUAUUACAGGAAUUAAAUCCGAGAGGUAGUCAACAUGAGAUGUUGACUCAUCGGCUUCUGGGUAACUUCUUUCUUCUCGCUACGAAACAAAAAUCAAACAUCGAAAAAGCUUUACAGGAUUGCACAAAUUUAGCUAGUCAAGAAGCACUUAGAGAUCACGUUGGACCAGCCUUAGGCAUGGCAGCAGCACACAUUUUAUUAAAACAAACUCCCCGCGCCCGAAAUCAUCUUAAGCGUGUUAGCAAAAACGUUUGGACUUUCGAGGAUGCGGAGUACUUGGAACGAUGUUGGUUACUCUUGGCAGAUAUUUAUGUUCAAUCGAGCAAAUAUGAUCUAGCGAAUGAGCUACUUAAACGCGUUUUGCAACAUAAUGCAACAUGCGUGAGAGCUCACGAAUUGUCCGGUUAUAUCGCUGAAAAAGAUCAGAAUUACCGGGAAGCUUCCGUGCGAUACGCGCAAGCAUGGAAAUUCGGUGGUAAAUCUAAAUUAUCAAUUGGCUACAAAUUAGCCUAUUGCUCUUUGAAGGGAAAAUCUUAUGCGGAUGCCAUAGAAGCUUGCAACGAAGUAUUGAGACAAAAUCCUGACUAUCCUCGCAUUAGAAAAGAUGUUUUGGAAAAAGCUAUUAAUAAUCUUCGCACUUAAUCGCUUAAGGACAAAAAGAAUGGUUUAGUAAAUGAUAUAUUUAAGAAUACCAAAUAAACAUCACUUGUUCUACAAACAAAUGAAAUUAUGACGAAAAAAUAAAGAAUAUUUAUUCACA